AUGCGCUCUUCAAUCCUUCUCAGCGCAUCAUUGCUAUUCCCUCUUGCCAUGAGUGCAUGCGAACGCGAAUUUCUCGCUGCCUUCACAUCACUUUAUCUGAACGCGCAGACUGUCGGCAAUUCAUCCCUCCUCACCAACUAUAUGCUACAAAACUAUACCUACUCCGAAAAUUUUACUCCCGCCAAUCUCUCAGCCCCAACAUCCAUCUUAAACAAACCGCUUAACAGCACCAAUUCGCGCGUCUUUCUAGAUCCGUAUCUUUGCAGCGCCUUCACCGAGAUCAUUGUACCGGAGCCGAGCCAUCCAUAUGUUCUUGGCGUGCGCAUCGAGGGGAAUGGGAAGUACGUAACGAAGAUGGAGACUCUGGUUAGCGAUGAGGGGGAUUGGCUGUUUAAUGCUACAAGUACAGCCUACUGGAGCAGCAAAGAAAGCUGGACGCCUAUCCCGCUCGCAGACCGGGAUACCCGCGAUGUCAUCAAAGCAGCUGGUGAUGCGUAUUUCAACCGCUUUGGCAACGUCAACAUCACUGUUCCCUUUGGCACGCCGUGUGCCAGGCUCGAGGGAGGUGCGUACACCGACACUAAUAUGACAAAUGGAGAAACAUGUCAUCUGGGUCUGCCGAGCAAUGUGUAUGUUCAGGAUCGACGGUAUGUGGUUGAUGUAGAGAUGGGUAGUGUCAACAUCUAUCUGGGCUUUCCAGGAUUGGACAGGGCGAGCGAGACGCCGGCGCCGGAUAGCCAUACUUUCCGCGUUGAGAAGGGCAAAAUCAGAUAUGUGCAUACUAUCUCAACAUGCGAGCAUCCGGGCUGUGGGUUGAAUGGCACGUACAUACCAAUCGGUGGGGGCAAGAAGGGAGCGAGAGGUGUUGCUACUACUAGGCUUCGAUCGAUGAAACGUGGAAUGUAA